GCGCAUGCGCAGCAGCCGCCGCGCUCCGCUCCGCUCGCGCCGCGCGGGGCUGCCCGGAGCCGCCUGAGGAGCGGCCGCUGCCCGCGCCCCGCUCCCGCUGCCGCUGCCGGAGCAGCAGCGCACCGCGGCCGGCAGCGCUCUCGGGGACAGCCGCCCGGCCGCGUGGAGCCUGCGGGGCGUCCCCCGGCUCCCGGCCGGCCUCUUCCUCCUUCCUCAGGGCGGCCCCGGGAUGGCGGCGUGAGGCGGCGGCACCGCGCGAGCAGCCUGCCCUCCAGAGGAGUUGCUGUGGCCUAUUCUGGAGCACAUCUGACUGCUACUACCAACAGGGGCCCCAGCCAGCCACGAUGUACUGCCUUCAGUGGUUGCUACCUGUCCUGCUCAUACCCAAGCCCCUCAACCCAGCAUUGUGGUUCAGUCACUCAAUGUUCAUGGGAUUCUACCUGCUCAGUUUUCUCCUGGAACGGAAACCUUGCACAAUUUGUGCCUUGGUCUUCCUGGCAGCUCUAUUCCUCAUCUGCUACAGCUGCUGGGGGAACUGCUUCUUGUAUCACUGCACAGGAUCCCAGUUGCCAGAAUCAGCUCAUGAUCCCAACAUAGUGGGCACCUAGAAAAUCAUAAUCUUCCAGUCUGCUGAGGGCUCUUCUUUUGCUUUUAAAAAGGGGGUGGGGCUGGGGAGGAGGGGGGUGUCAGGUAUGGGACUGGAGUAAGGACAACCUGUUUCCUGUAACUGUGCGUGGACUGGAGUGGCAAAUUCUUCCCACUCUGCCUGUGAAAUUCGACUCGUUUACUGUGUGAACUCUGGCAGCACCACCUGCUUUUUUAGAAGCAGAAGUCUUUUUUUUUUCCUUUCCCGUAUCACCGGGAACAGACACCAGCCCUCUCAACUGAGACCUGCUGGAAGCCUGAGCUGCUGGCCCCUGCCCAGCUGGGAGUGCUGGAGUUGUGUCGCUUGUCUGCAUUAGGCCACGGUGGCCUAACUCGGGGCUCUUGGCCCACUGAUCCUGCUUGAAUAGUUACAAGAUUCUCUCAGUCUCUCUUUGUGGGGAGCCAGCCUUCCCACCUUGCUGAUCAAGGGCAAAUGCAACAGCUCACAGAUGGACUUGGCCAAAAGCUGCUGAAGCCAGAGGCAGUUGAGUCAUCUCCUCCUGCUCAGCCUGCCAAAGAGAUGUGUGUACUGCUGAAGUGCUUUCUGAACUCUGUGCUCCGAGAUCCCAGCCUGAAAGCCUCAGUUAUGCUACUGCUUUUAUAAAGCUUGAUGGGCAGUAGAGACUGUCUCUUCCCCUCCUCCUUCGUGUCCUGGGUUUACCAAGGUAUUGACUGUUGGGAGAAAGAACCAGCAUGCUGCAAGACACAGGGUUUUGGAAGCCACUCAGCUUUACCCUACAAAACUCAUGCUGGCCCAAAAGGCUGGGUGUGGGCAGGACAGGAGAGGAUCCAUGAGGAGGAGGCAUGGCUUGAAGCAGUAAAUGCUUCUGCCGUUUUCAGAGAUAAUGGUUUUGGGCCAGAGGUGACAGAAGGUGCUGGUGCUACUGACUAGAAAAGGGCAGAAGCUGGAAAAAUGCCAGGAGUCUCCACCUUCCAUGGCAGAAGGAUGUCAAGAAUCCAAUGUGAUGGUGGGUCAGGCCUGCAGCCUGGGGUGGAGGUUGGUUUGUGAGAAGACUUAGAGGUUGACACAAAACACUUACCUCUAAACUUUGAAGGUUUCCAUCCCCUUUGCCAUCUGUUUGUCUUUCCUUCAGUCUUCUGGUGGAGAGCAGCAGAAGUGGCUGUUGCUGUCCUGAGGCAGUUCAAGCUAUGAGGUUGUGAAACUUCCAGAGUAUUGUUUGUUCAUUGCACAGCUGUUCAAAAUGUUUAAUAAAGCUUUAUAAACUUUG